UUUCUGUCCUUGUUUCAUGCGUCUAGCAUGUCUGUGACCCACAAAGUGCUGAGAUGACAACUGACUGACAGCAAACUCCAACCUCUCGCUAAUUGAGAGGCAAACGAAGCUAACUUGCGUAAAGCUAAUAAGCUAACGACAUGGCUUACCCCUGGGCUCAUCAGUUUCGUCCGGCCGCCAUUUUAACAGCAGCCGUGGCAGGUUUCGGCAUACCUGGAGACAGUGGCAGCAACCCACGAGUUGCCUGCUCCUCAACAAAUUCAGCUCAUCAACUCUGCUCCAGGAUUGCUGAUGGAGGUCCACCCAAAUCCUGUGAGAGUCAUAAACCAGCUAAUUCCUCAAACCGUCUUGGCCCCCACGCUGCCGAAUUCCUCAUCAUUGACACGAAAGAAGAAAUUGGUCAAGGAUGACCGGCCCUAUAUUAAAAAGCCACUGAACGCCUUUUUGAUUUUUUUGAAGGAGCAUAGGGCUAGUGUAAAAACAUUUUUUAAGGACAAAGACAGUGCAACGGUGAAUAAAGUCCUGGGCCAGAUGUGGAAGUCACUGACACUGAUACAGAAGGAGAAAUACUUCCAGGAGUCAGACCGGUUAAAUGAGGAGCAUGUCAGGAAGUAUCCAGAAUGGUCGUGCCGGGAUAACUAUGGCAAAAAGAGGAAGAGGAAGUGGAGCAAUGUGGCAUCAUCCGCGGCCGUGGUGGAGGCCCCUCGCCAGGCCAACGCGAACAUCAGUCAACAAGACGUUUGUCCAUCGACAGACGGCGCAGGUCCAGUCGCUCUGCGAAGCGGGGGUCAUCCAGGAGGCCUCCCAACUGGAAUCCCUCUCAUCGCGAUUCCUACUGCCGUCGCGGUUCCCGCCGCCGUCACAUUGGAGGACGUGGAUGCGGCAGUGGCGUACUCGCUCCCGCUCAGCAUGGAGAUUGAGCUUGCAAAAAUGCUACAACAGCUGGACACACUCCCCCUCUGUGAGUGGCCAGACCUGCCCUUGGACCUAUCCUUUGACUGCUGAAGAACUCUAAGCAAAUAUAUGUAUAUAGGUGUUCUUUUUUUUCUAUAUCAGAUUUUUGUUUCUUUUUUAACUGCAAACAGAAAUCCAGCAGAAACUUUUUAUAACAAAUGUUUUUUUAAGACAAAAAUGUCACCGUGCAAACUGAAAUCCAGUAGUACCUUUUUACUAUAUAGUUUUUUUUUGUUUUUGUUUUUAUGAUGAAAAUGUCACCAUCAUUAAAUCCAGCACUACUUUUUUAUCAGAUUUGUGUUUAGUUUUUUAAUGACAAAAAUUUCAUCAGA